UACAAUUAUUUUAAUCUAAUAAACGGAAUUUGUCACCUUCUGUCAAAGUCAAAAUAUUACGUACGUCAAUCAACAUGCAAAUUGACCGGCCACGAAAAACGAUUUUUAUCACUUUCAAUAUAAAACGAUAAUUGUUUUAAUUUUAUUAGAAUUAAAACAAUUUUAUUAAGCUAGUGGCAAAUGUUAUUAUAGUUAAUGUAAAAAUAAAGCAUAGGUGUAAUAAACUAAAAAUAUUGAGAAAGUGAUAUCGCUUAUUGGUAGUUUACUUUAAGCAAUGGCUAUGAGGAAGAGAAGUGGUUCUGGGUCUAAAAGACACCUAAAAGAGAAAGUAGUCCAGAUUUAUGAAUCUUUCUUUAGAGGAGAAGAUUUGACAAGUGAUAAUCCUACGUUUUGGGAUGAAUUUUUUCUUCUUAAACCGAAAAUUCCUCAAUUGGAGGCUGAAAUACACAAAUUAACAGUUGAACAACUUAAUAACAUGAAAGAAAAUAUGAAUUUACUUGUAACACAAUGCAUAGAAAUGCUAGGACAAGAACACCAUAUAAGGCUUGUUUAUGCUCUACAAACAUUCAGUGCAUUACUUACAACAAUGUAUCAAAGAGCCGCUCAGGAUCCAAAUAUAAACAUGAAGUUACUUUUACUUGGCAAUGAUAAUUUUAAAAUGCAAAAGUUUUUAGAGCACUGUAGCACUGUAUUAUCAGGUGAUGUGCCAGAUAGUUUGAAGUCAAUGGUUAUAAAGCUUCUGCUGGUGAUUGCAACUGGAGUUGAUAAUAUAGAUGAAAACCCUUUAGUGGAAUAUCUGAUGAUGAAUUCAUUGUUUGAACCACUUAUACAGUUGUUGUGCACAUCUACUGAAAGGCAACAUCAUGGUUAUGAUGUGGUACUAUUACUUAUGUUUUUGGUAAACUAUAAGAAACAAGAAUCAGCUAAUCCAUAUGUUGUCAAGUUAUCUAUUUUAGAUGAUGAAUUAGCUCUUAAUGGUUACGGGCAAGUUAUAACAGCUGCAUUAAAUGAUUACGUGAUGUCGACAUUCGGCGGUGUGCAAGGCGGAGGUAACGCCGGUGGCUGGCUGUCUUCACUCACCAGUAUGGUGGGGGGAAUAUUCCUUACCAGCGAUGACACACAACCUCUCGUUAGAGGACAUAGGAUAAGCGGGGGUGAGGAGGGUAUGUUGCUGGCGCUGUACGAGGCGGCGCACCUCAACCGCAACUUCAUGACCACCCUCGCGCACUCCUCCUCCGCCGCCGCGUCCUCCGCGCCGCCCUCCCCGCCCGCCACGCUGCCGCCGCACCAAACUCCACCAAAUUUGGCCCAGAUUCAAGCUCUAGACAACGACCAACCGACUAAUUUGUUAGUCACUUUCUUCCAGUAUUGUUCCAUAGUGAUGGCGGACACGAAAAGCGAAGCGAGCAUUAACAAAUGUAGUUUAUGUUUUAUAACGUUAACUUGCAUUGUGGAAGAACAAUUCGCGAAUUCUAUAAUGCACGACCAAAAUCUUACUUUUAAGGUACAAUUGUACAGACUUCCGAUGCGACACAGGAAAAUACUCCCCGAGGAACCACCCUCGCAGCCCCUCGCCUCCACACUAAUAGGUACAUUUAUAUUACUGGCUUUACCCGCGACUCCGUCCACAUCGCAUUAUAAAAAAUAAUGAGUACCCUCAUCA